GGACUAAUUGUCCAAAAGAGAGCCGCUACUCUCUCUCUCUCUCUUAAAAAACUCCAAAACCAACAACUCACAAUCCCUCAUUUUUCCCACCAUUUCCUUUCUUUCUCGAGAAAAUUCCCAUAUGGGUACUCUUAAAUAUUCUCCAAAUCAAAUGGGUUUGCUUUAAAAUUCAUUGACAUGGAGUGGUUGAGUCCGUGACAAACUCUUGUCCUGUUUGUUUUUGCUUUCAGACAUGUCUGUAAAAGCUAGUUCUUCGUUUUCUGGUUUCGUUGCAACUGUUUCCUCUCCUUUUCAAUCCACGAAAAUUUCCCAGUUGAGCUUAUCACGAGGAUAUUUUGAGAGACAACAACAUGGUUGUCAGCAAUUAAGUUAUGUUAAAGUCAAGUCAUGCCAGUGCAUAGCAAGAAAGCUGAAUUUAAAUGGAAGGUUCCUGAAGAGGCGAAGCAUUCUUUGUGCUUUUUCUUCUGAAGAACAGACACAAUACAGUGAGGUCAAACCAGAUGCUUCAGAGCAAGAAAAUAAUCAUCCUAAUGCUGUAGAAGUCUCUCCCACAAGCAGUCCAAAUAUCCGUUUUGAGGGAACUAGUGGGAAGCCGGGUUUAAUUUCAUUUUAUAUCCGUCCUUAUCAAAGGGAGAAUGAUAUCGUCAUAUCAAACCCACAACAGAGCCCAAGCAACCUACUAUGGUUUGUUGGUCCAGCCGUCCUUGUAGCCUCUUUCAUUUUCCCAUCACUUUAUUUGCGCAGAAUAUUAUCCACUAUAUUUGAGGACUCUUUGUUGACAGAUUUCCUCAUAUUGUUCUUCACAGAAGCUCUUUUUUACUGUGGAGUUGCAGUAUUUGUUCUUCUAAUAGACCACUUAAGGAGGCCUAUUGAGCCAGAUUCUGCUACAGGCACUAACAGAACCCUGGUCACUCAUUUAGGACAGCGUAUAUCUUCUGUAGCUGCCCUGGUGCUUAGUCUAAUAAUUCCUAUGGUGACAAUGGGUUUGGUUUGGCCUUGGACUGGUCCUGCCGCAUCUGCAACUCUCGCUCCAUACCUGGUUGGAAUUGUUGUCCAAUUUGCAUUUGAGCAGUAUGCAAGAUAUAAGAAGUCCCCUUCAUGGUCUGUUAUUCCAAUUAUCUUUCAGGUUUAUAGAUUGCACCAGCUGAAUAGAGCAGCACAACUGGUGACAGCCUUGUCAUUUACAGUGAGAGGAGCUGAAAUGACCUCGCACAACUUAGCAAUAAACAGCUCUUUGAGUACGCUGCUGAAUGUCCUCCAAUUCCUUGGGGUGAUCUGCAUAUGGUCUCUCUCAAGCUUCCUGAUGAGGUUUUUCCCUUCUACUGCCAUGAGUGUGGAGUGAAGAAUUUCAGAAAACGAUUGGUAAAAUUAUCACCUCACCUAAUAGAGAACAACACUGCAGUUAGUCUUGUUUCAGGUGAUGUAAUAAAUCUGGAGGGGGACUCUUAGCUUAGUUAUGUUCUGCUGGGAACUCAAAAUGAAAAGGGUAUUGAAGCAAUUAACUCGUCUAAAGGAAAUUAAAAGGUGAUUGCACGAGAUUGAGGCAAAAAAAUCUAAAUGCAGGAGAGUUGAGUUUGUGAGAAUUGAUAUGCUCUAUGUCUACAUGUUCAUCAAGCUCCACUGUUACUUGUAUAUAGAACAUUUUAACUACAGAUUGAUCAUAUUCCUGACAAAUGUGCAUUUUUUAAGGUUAUCUAGAACAGUAAAAACAUGAGCAAGCCUGUUGAGCAUUAAGCUCUUUCUGUCAUCAACAUGUUGCAAAUUUUGUCUACCGGAGUACUUUGUUUAUACUUUUGUACUCUUGUAAUUUUUUUGUUGGACUAAUGUGUUGAAAAUGCAGGUUGCAAUGUGCUUUAGAUA